UUUAAAGUCAUUGUUCUCGAAAUACAGUUCAAAAUACUUUAUUUAAUAUUCGAUGCGAAGAUGGUUUUGUGUUCGUCCUGCUGCUAUUACCUCGACCUCCGUUGGGGUUGCUUUUGGUCCGGAGUCGCAAUGAACCCGUACUAUACGCUCAUGGCAUUUCUGAUGUUCGAUGAUCUCGAAGAAUCCCAUGUAGCCCUCGAUGAAAACAUGGACGCUCGUCUGGAAACUCACGGCUUUUGGGUGCUGGCAUAACAUACACAAUAAUGGGUAUACUCUCUUUUCCUCUGCUCUUUGCUGGCCUGCUGAAUAUCUCUUGGCUUUGUGUCGCUUUCCUUGUGUUUCAAUUUGUAACUUACAAAUACCACCAGUCUUGGUGAAUUGCUACUAUCUUUUGGUGGCCAUUAUCUAUGGCAUUGAACUCGAAACGUUCAUCACCUAUGGCGUGCCUCAGGUAUUAGUGAUCUACAUCGAUCUGGUGGCAUAUUCUUAUCUAGAGGAGAAAAGGAUCAUUGCCCAAAACCGAAAAUAUGAGGCUGAUGAAGACCCAGUAGCAUAAUAUUGAGGUUUUUCCAUUAGCGUAUGGCCAUACUCUGCUUUCGGCAAACCAGUUAGCGAAUUCCCUUGGGGAAUCGUACGAUCAAAAACUUACCAAAUUUAAAAUUAAAACCACAUACUAAAUGCUUUUUCCGGUAGAAUACACAAACAACAGCGAUAAGGUUGAGGCUCUCUGCCUGCAGAGAGAGAAAGAAACAUGUCAAGAAAU